AGCAGUCGUCCUCCCCUGAGGAGAAAAAGUCUCCCAACCUGAGGCACUUCACUUCCUCAGGUGCCCUGAGGACGUAUGAAAACCGCUCUAAUAAUCGCAUGAGGUCGCUGAGCAAGCUGGUGCCCAAAAAGCUCAGCGAGGUCUCAGUAGCGACAUCCUCCCCCGUGCCCAUCAGAACCAACUACGUGAUCAUCAGUCCUGCACCGUCGCAAGGAAUCAUCCUACAGGGGCGACACUUUCAGCACGCACAAAUGCCCUCUGCAUUACGGAAACCAGUCCAAAGCAGCCUUGAUUUGAAGGAAAGAAAUGACUUCUCCACCACACAAGCUGUAGAAGUGGACAGCAUUGUGCUGACUUGUCCAGAGAUCCCAGCAGAGGAGACCCUGAACUGUAGUUUCCCCUCACAGAUCAAAUCCACAGAGCCUCUUCGGCCAACCAUCUGUCAGUCAGUGUGUGUGAAAUGCGACAAGCUGAGCGAAGACAGCAGUAAGUGUCAGAACUGUGGAAGCAGUCUGGCUGUGCUGCCCGGUCAGCAGGCCACGCUGCCAUCCCCGACCCCCCGUGCCCCCCUUAGAUCCCAGCCCUCCCCUGGACCAAACGCCCUGCAGCAAAACUUCUACAAGCCGGCCACGACCAUUAGGGCUCCCCGAAUCGUGAGCACCAGAGGAAACGUGGUCCCGGUGAACAACGGAAAGUUGCCUCUGCUAGCUGGGACGUCGAGCUGCUGUGGAGCCAGGAACCCCCCCAAGGGGAAGAGGACGACGGCGGCCCGGCAGCACGAGCUCAACGACCCCAUCAUUCUGUCCAGUGAUGAUGAGGAGGAGGCUGACAACGCCAGCACAGGAAGUGGUAACAGGUUGGACAGCAUGUCCCCUUGCCCUGCGGACUCGGCUCACUCCUCCCCGGCACCCUCUGGAGGCAGAGUGGAGGCGGCGGUGAAGAGCACGGAAGAGCAGGAGGAGGUCGGUGCUGAGGAAUUCUUUGAAGAUGUGAACAUGAAGGUCACGAUACCUCGGAAAGGUCGGAUAAAAGAUCAGCUUGGAUCUCAGCCUCCGGAGGAGUUUUCUCCCAGGACAAAAAAGCCCAAAGUCGUGCCUGAUAAGUGUGACAGCAUCAUCCUGGAAUGUCGCAGCGUCAGAGUGGGAACUCUGCGCAGGAUGGUGACGAAACCUGUCGUUUUUUCCGUUGACCACAUCCAGCUGGAAACUGAAGGCCCCAAUUGCGACAGCGUAGAAGUUUGUCUUCAGGCAUCAGAGCUGAUCAGCUGUGAGUGGUGCAACGUACGCAAGCUUCCCGUCUUGUUUUUCCAGACGACGCCGGAGGAGUGCAGUCGCCUGCGGGCACAGCUCAACAUGUCCAAGGAGAAGGGAGGCGAGUGGUACGACUGCGCUGGAGACCAGUCGGAUGAGAAGUACAUCGUUCUGAUCUUCGAGAAUGGCCUGCCGAUGAAGGAACAGGUCAUCCUUGAGGACAUCCUGGGUGAGAUUGGCAGGUCCAACAACCUGAGCAACUUCCCCACGAAGCUGAACUUUGACGAGGCCAACAUCCGACUGGUCAACUACAACAAGGCAUCGAAGGAGAAGGGGAAACCACUACAAACUUCUCUGAGAAUCACCCAGGCCUCCACUCCAGUCGGCAAAGUCUCCCCACUCACGCAGGGCACUCUGGGUACAUCGCUCACCAUGCCUGCACGUACACGGAUGGCCACUCGUCAGCAAACCAGCACAUACUUUGAAGAAGAAGACGAGGACAUGACCGACCUCCAGCCUACCUUCUCGGGACCAAUCGUCAAAUUAAUGGUGUAUCCUCCUCCUCCAGCCAAAGGCGGCAUAUCGGUCACUAAUGAAGACCUCCACUGCCUUAACGAUGGAGAGUUCCUAAACGAUGUUAUCAUAGACUUUUAUUUAAAAUAUUUAGUUUUAGAGAAAUUGAAAAAAGAAGAUGCACAAAGAAUCCAUGUGUUCAGCUCCUUCUUCUACAAGAGGCUGAACCAGCGAGAGCACAGGAAUAUUCCAGACACGACAAACCUGCCACUCCAGAAGAGGAAGCACAACAGGGUGAAGACGUGGACUCGGCACGUGGACUUGUUCCAGAAGGACUUCAUUUUUGUUCCCAUCAAUGAGUCAGCCCACUGGUACCUGGCAGUCAUCUGCUUCCCGGGCCUUGAGGGGCCGGUGUUUGAGCCGAACCCGCUGUAUCAGGACUCGUUGCCAGCCUCCACCACCUCAGACCCUCAGUCAGAAGAGAACAUCCCAGACCACUGUCGUCCUCUGUCCCCAGACGGAGACGAUCUGGACAGCUCCUCGGAGCAGCUGUCCCCCGGCGACCCUGAGGCGUUUGCGGAGGCUCAGCCCGGCGUCGACGUCACCAAGGAGAGCUCAUUCACGGAAGGGGGGCAAGAGCUUUCCAACCCCCCUGUAGCAUCUAGCAACAGCCAGGGUGACACUGAGCAACAGUACACAAGCGAGUUGCACAGAAUCAGUGUUUGUUACGGUUCAGGAAAAGGAGACGAUGACACUUACACCUUCUCUGAUGGCCAAAGCUCCUGUCAGGAUGAGUGCAGUGAGGACGGGGCUCUGGCUGACGACACGCUCGGCUCGGACGCCUCGGGUUUGGCCUCCAAACCGACCAUCUGCAAACAGCCAUGUAUUCUCAUCAUGGACUCGCUGCGAGGUCCGACCCGGUCGACUGUGAUCAAAACUCUGAGAGAGUACCUGGAGGUGGAGUGGGAGGUGCGUAAAGGGACUCAGCGGAGUUUUGGGAAGGACGUGAUGAGGGGCUCCAGCCCACGUGUGCCUCAGCAGGAUAACUUCAGCGACUGUGGAGUUUACGUCCUACAGUAUGUGGAGAGCUUCUUCGAGAAUCCAAUUACCAGUUUUCACCUGAAGGUCAACCUGUCGGACUGGUUUCCUCAGCAGAGGAUGAAGACGAAGCGUGAGGAGAUCAAAGAGCUCAUCCUGAAGAUUCAGACUCAGCAAGAACUGGACAAGAAGGAGUCGGAGCAGGCCCAGGCGCCACCCGGCUCUCCUGAGGAGCCUCAGAUCGAAGAGACACAUGGGUCAGCAGCCCGGUCCGAGUACCUGGCCGUCAGCCCCUGAGCCGACCCCGCCCUCGUCCUCCCCCGUGGGAGUGGCCAAGCCUAACUGUAAGCUGCUGGUUCAACGUGUCUGAAACGGUCCCUCUAUUAACCACAGACAUCAAACACACCUUUAAAUUUGUACUGAAAAAAACACAAACUGUAAAUAUGUUGGAAUUUUCCCGCUGCCUUUGUAAUUUACUGUUUUACGACUCCGCCAUGAAGUGGCUCAUUAAGUUGUUUUCAUAGUUCUCUCCUGGAGGAUCUGUGCAGAAGAUACUGUCUGGCUCUUGCAUCGUUAUUAUGUAUGCUUACAAGUUGUGUAGAGAAAGACAAUAAUAAUAAUAAAAGCAUAGAGAAAGUUGCUGUUUUUCCGAAGUUAAUAAUCCACCCGCUCGGCUCAGAGACUGUUUUCACGGAGUUGACAUCCAGCUCACGAGUCACAUACGUAGUUCAGUGCUUGUUGUGUCUCUUCGAUGUGGACUGGAUCGACAUGUUCAGCAUUAAAAGCAGCCCAAGAUGCAAGAGCA